AUCCUUGAUAUUCUGAAUGGUACAGUUCAAUCAAAAGUGUCAAGCAGUACAGCUACCCUCAAACAAUCAUCAAAAUGUUCACCAAACUGAUCUGCAUCGCCGCCCUGGCCAUCUCGUGUGUCUGCGCCAAGCCGGGAGUCGUCGCUCCAGUUGCCUACACGGCUCCUUUGGCCUAUGCUGCCCCAGCUCCAGCCAUCGUGACGGCGCAAAGUUCCCAGGUCAUCGCCCGCAACUAUAAUGGAGUGGCUCCUCUGGCGUACACGGCUGCCGUCGGUGCACCCCUGGCAUAUACCGCUCCUGUAGCCAAGGUUGCCGCUCCAGUAGCAUACGCUGCUCCUGCUGUGUCCCCUCUGGCUUACACUGCCGCUGCCGGAUACGUUGCUCCUUAUGCUGCUCCGUUCGCCGCGCCCUACGCCGCCGUUGCUUACAGUUUUAGCCCGUAUGUUCUGUAAAUGUUAUAUUGGUGAUGAGAAUCGCGACUGCAACUAAUUUGUGAUACAAGAGUUUAGAGUGCGGAUGUUGCGUGAUAUUGUAAAAAUAAAUAAGUUAU